GUGGUGGUUGUUCAGGCAAUUAGUGCUCUCUGUCAGAAAUACCCUCGAAAGCACAGUGUCAUGAUGACUUUCCUGUCCAAUAUGCUCCGAGAUGAUGGAGGCUUUGAAUACAAGCGGGCCAUUGUGGACUGCAUUAUCAGCAUCGUGGAAGAGAACCCUGAGAGUAAGGAAGCAGGCCUAGCCCACCUUUGUGAAUUCAUUGAAGACUGUGAACACACUGUUCUGGCUACUAAGAUUCUACACUUGCUGGGCAAAGAGGGCCCCAGAACGCCUGUCCCCUCCAAGUAUAUCCGCUUUAUUUUCAAUAGGGUCGUCCUGGAAAACGAGGCUGUCAGAGCUGCUGCUGUGAGUGCUUUGGCUAAAUUUGGGGCUCAGAAUGAAAGCCUUCUCCCAAGCAUCCUUGUACUCUUACAGAGAUGUAUGAUGGACACUGAUGAUGAGGUACGGGACAGAGCUACCCUCUAUCUGAAUGUGCUGCAGCAGAGGCAGAUGGCACUGAAUGCCACAUAUAUCUUUAAUGGUCUGAUGGUCUCUGUACCAGGGAUGGAAAAAGCCUUACACCAAUACACACUGGAGCCUUCAGAAAAGCCUUUUGACAUGAAAUCAAUUCCUCUUUCAGUGGCUCCAGUCUUUGAACAGAAAGCAGAAAUCACACUUGUGGCUGCUAAACCAGAGAAAUUGGUUCCUUCCAGGCAAGACAUUUUCCAAGAACAAUUGGCUGCCAUUCCUGAAUUUUUGAAUAUAGGACCCUUAUUCAAGUCUUCUGAGCCUGUCCAACUUACAGAAGCAGAGACAGAGUAUUUUGUUCGAUGUAUCAAGCACAUGUUUACCAAUCACAUUGUGUUCCAGUUUGACUGCACCAACACGCUCAAUGACCAGCUGCUGGAGAAAGUGACUGUGCAGAUGGAGCCAUCAGAUUCCUAUGAAGUGCUGUGUUGUGUCCCAGCCCCCAGCCUCCCUUAUAAUCAGCCAGGAACAUGUUACACUCUUGUCCGCUUGCCUGAUGAUGACCCUACAGCAGUCGCAGGCACCUUUAGCUGCACCAUGAAGUUCACCGUCCGGGACUGUGACCCUAACACGGGAGCUCCGGAUGAGGAUGGGUAUGAUGACGAGUACGUGCUGGAAGAUCUCGAAGUAACCGUGUCUGACCAUAUUCAGAAGGUGCUGAAGCCUAAUUUUGCUGCUGCCUGGGAGGAGGUGGGAGACAUCUUUGAGAAGGAGGAGACUUUUGCCCUCAGUUCUACCAAAACGCUUGAAGAAGCUGUCAACAACGUUGUCACAUUUCUGGGCAUGCAGCCCUGUGAAAGGUCUGAUAAAGUGCCCGAGAACAAGAACUCUCAUUCGCUCUACCUGGCAGGUGUAUACAGAGGUGGCUGUGAUUUACUGGUGAGGUCCAGACUAGCCUUAGCAGAUGGAGUGACCAUGCAGGUGACUGUCAGAAGCAGAGAGAGGACACCUGUAGAUGUUAUCUUGGCUGCUGUUGGAUAAGGUCCACCUGAGCCAGUGAGGCUGGCGUGCACGUCACCAUCAGUGGGAUCAGGCGAGGGGCAUGGACUUUCCAGAAUCAUGCUUAAAGAGGAAUGACUCUGGAGAAACUAAUUCAACAUCUGGCCCAGAGCCAGCACAUAAGCAGACAUCUGUCCUUGUGCGUGGGUUGUUUUUCCUGUCACUUUUGAUAAGCUUUGGUAUGACGGUGCAGCUUUGGGUGAUGUGAAAAGCAAAUCCUAUCCUACACUGCAACUGCUUGACUUCGUUGUACUCUUUGCUGUGUAUCUGGAAGCUCCUGGUGGUGCUGAAAGUUUUAUCCCGGGGGUGUGGGGGAGGGGAAGUCAGAGUCCACUUUUGUCACAGUUCAUUUUUAUUAAUAGAAAAUAAACACCGAUUCCAGCUUCAAAGUUGCUAUACUUGAAAUUGCUAAUAAAAAUGAAUUUAAAAUAA